AUCUUUCCAAUCCAACAAUCCGAUACAGCCCUGACAAAGCGAAUUGUCAAAAAUUCGAUUAAAAAAUUCAUGAGUAGGAGAGAGAGAAAGAGAGCGAUAUAGUUUGUGCGGGGAACCAGCCGUCGUCGUUGUGAAGUUAAUUUUUGUGGCUGAUAACAAGCGCCAAAAAUGUGUGUUUGAACGUUGCGAAAGCCUUGGCCAAUUUCGUAGUGUCCGACCAUCGCUGAAAACCCUCAACAAUACCGGUGCUGCAAAUCUCGUAGAUAGGUGUUUUAUGGCAGUAUUUAGGUUGCUCUGAUGGUUUUGUGCAGAGCACGUUGAACUUCGAAAUAGAAGAGGAAAAAAGAGUAAAAAAGUGCGCAACAACCGUCUGGCGAAGUAAAAAAAAAGGGGGAGCUCUAACAUAAUGUGAUAGCGUGAAGCUCAGACGAUGAUGAUGGUGGCUGUGAUUUGAUUGAUAGUUCGCUGUUGUUCCUAUCACCCGUAGCAUCUAUCUGCUCCUGUCUCUCCUUAAAAGUAUUGUGCUAGUGAAACGUGCAAUAGCACGUCUUUCGUUCAAUCUUGCCUAGCAUAAAAGUCCUUGAAGAGAGUAAAAAAAAAACAAACCCGUACCAACCAUGCGGUUGGAACACUAACCGCGAAUGUUGUGAAUUUGUGCGUGUGUGCGUUUUGUACUCUGUGUGACAAUAGUGCGUCUCGCCCGAAACCCGUCUUGCUUUUUGCUGGGUUACUAUGAUUAGCAGCAGAACGCAGUAAGAGCGUGUGAGAUACCGAUAUUUUUGUAACAUCCGUGCGAAAGCGAGACGGAUCGAUCGAAACCAACCGCCGCCGCAACCGAGUGGAUGCUGUCGUAGGAGGAGGCCGUAUCAUAAAAGGAUACGAUCAUCUUACGCGGGAUGACAAAAAGGUGCCCACGCAAAAGGGCGUAAUAGUGGUUCGCCGAGAUUGUGCAGAAAUUGCCUGUGUGUUGUGUCCUGUUUCAAAUCCGUAGUUAUUGUAUGGUAGUCGUGGUAGUGUAUAGUGUGAAGGGAAAAAUAGUCUCGAUUCCGCGGCCCAGCAUCGAACGUUCCUAGCCGUGCAUUAGCUCUCGUCUGCUUAAAGAGGGAACGUGUGAAGGUCGUCGUCGCCGUCGGUCAGUGGUGACCAAAGGACGUCGUUUCGAGUUUCGCGCCAAACUUCCUUUUUUUUGCUGCCUAAACGCAGGAUGGUAACUCCGUUGCGGUGACGCGUGAUCGAUUCGAGGAGCCCUCGGGUUUCGGCCGUCUCCCCCCCCAAGUACCCUCGAUGAACGGCAACUUGCCGCUGGCCCACAUUCUGCCUCCCAGACGGCGGCACUUUUUGAUUCGUCAAUAUUUUGACACAAACAGCGCGUAGUGAAGAACGAGGACAAGGGUGAAACACUGAACAGUCGUCGCAAACAGCUGUUGCUGUUGCUGUUGUGAGUGGAACGAGCGCCGCACUCGAACAAGCCCCGUGGUAAUCUUACACGCCGCGGCACCCUAAUCCCGUCACGUUUGCGGAAGCAAAUUUUUCGUCCACUUCGAAGCGGUGCCGUUUCGCGUGAGCACGGUAACGAAUAUUUGCUCCCCAUGCAAAGCAGCUGCCAAAACCGCGUACCAACACAGGAGUGACAACCGAAAACGGGCACGAUAUGGCGACCGGUGCAAGGGGCGACAGGAAAAUGCGUGUGGUGGCGCUGGUUAGCGGUGGCAAGGACAGCACCUACAACAUGAUGCAGGUGGUGGCGGAGGGCCACGAGGUGGUCGCACUGGCCAAUCUGCAUCCGAAGGAUCGGGACGAGCUGGACAGCUACAUGUACCAGACGGUAGGUCACCAGGGCAUCGAGAAGCUUGCCCAAGCCAUGGAGUUACCGCUCUACCGGCGCAUGACACGGGGACAUUCGAUCAACACCAAAGGCCACUACGAACCGACCGAGGACGACGAGGUGGAGGAUCUGUACGAGCUGCUUGCAGAGGUGCAGCGAGAGCAACACAUCGAAGCAGUCGCUGUCGGUGCCAUCCUGUCCGACUAUCAGCGUGUACGGGUGGAAAAUGUCUGCACCCGACUGAACCUUAUCUCGCUGGCAUAUCUGUGGCGCCGGGACCAGACCGAGCUGCUGCAGGAAAUGAUCGAGUGUCAGGUGCAUGCGAUCAUCAUCAAGGUGGCCGCACUGGGUUUGAUGCCGGACCGGCAUCUCGGUAAAUCGUUGAAGGAAAUGCAACCGCACCUGUUGCUGAUGCGCGACAAGUACGGCCUGAACGUGUGCGGCGAGGGUGGCGAGUAUGAAACGUUUACGCUAGACUGUCCCCUCUUCCGAAGCCGGAUCGUGGUGGACGAUGUGCAGACGGUGAUCAGUUCGGCCGAUCCGGUGUGCCCGGUAGGAUAUCUUAACUUCACCAAACUGCGAUUAGUGCCGAAGGAGCGUAUCGAGCCGGUGGUGAUAAAAAAUUCGCUCGAUUUUAUCCACGAUCUGAACGAGUCCAGCUACAGCGAUCUGAGCGAUCCGGAUUUGAGCGAGACGGAGCUGGAGCUGAUCGAGCGCAGCAGUUGCGGGAUGGUUGCCGGCAUCGGUGUGACACGUGGCACUGUGAUGCGCAACUCUUUCAGCAAGGACGAUCUUAGCGGGACGGCCGUGGUUGCGGGAGCAGCAGGAGGAACAGCGGUGGUACUGUCACGCAGCAACAGUAUAACGAAGGAGCUGACGGUCUGUUCGAGCCUCGAACCGGCACCAUUCAGUAAAUCACCGGUGCGGAUCAUUACCAAGGCACGUUCCAGCAUAAGCGCUAGCGAUUGUGCGCCAACGUCAAGCGAUGGCCCGGUCGAGAUGCUUCCGCCAUUUCACUACGCGCGCGAAAGUCGUCCACUGAGCAAUAAACCGCGAGCGAUCGUUAACUCCAAAGGCUGGAUGUGGGUGGCCGGUGUACAGGGUUGUGGGGAAGAUUCGCGGCAAGCGAUGACCAGUGCGCUCGCGACAUUGGAAGAGAUGGUUCAAUCACGUUCGUUUACGCUGCGUCAAAUAUGUUACAUCACGUUGUACGUGCGAAAUAUGAGCGAAUAUAGCUUUAUCAACGAAAUUUACUCAACGGUGUUCGCAUUCGCCAACCCUCCGACGAGGGUGUGCGUCGAAUGUCCCUUGCCAGCAGAUUGUGCAGUUGUCCUAGAGGCCGUUGCUUUUAAUCCCGUUUCUAGUGCUUCGGAACUUGAACACAAAAGGCAGACAAUGCACGUGCAGGGCAUUUCUCAUUGGGCACCGGCCAACAUCGGUACCUACAGCCAAUCGACAAAGGUCGGCCACAUCACCUACAUCUCCGGACAGAUUGCCCUGGUACCGGGUAGCAUGACGAUCAUCGAGGGCGGCAUCAAGCAGCAGUGCAAACUGACGUUACGCCACCUCAGCCGAAUAGCGAAGGCCAUGAAUGCACAGGGUGGUCAGCUGCGGGACGUAGUGCAGGGCAUUUGUUUCGUCACGCAUCCGACCUACAUCUAUGAGGCCCGCCGCCAAUGGGAACGACGUACAGCGAACGCGAUUAUUGACUACAUCGUGGUGCCGGCAUUACCACGUGGAGCGCUUGUCGAAUGGCAGGUGUGGGCACAUUCGCAUAAUGAUAAAUUCGACUAUGAGGAGACAGGAUGCUCGAUCGGGGAAUAUUCGAUAUCGAUUCGACGCCGCUGGAACUACGAAAACAAUUGUGCAUCAAUCGUGUGCUACGUGUCGACGGGACUGGCCACAUCCACCACGAAGCUGACCGAGCUGACGGACGACUAUCUGCACCAUCACAGCCAGCUGGCACAACGAAUCACGCGCGAUCAAAUACACGACACGAUCGCGUACGUCCUGCGCAAGCUACUACAGGCCUAUCCGGGGCUGCUCGGUAUUAGCCCGUCCUCUCCGUCCGCCACUAGCAACGAUGACCAGAUGGGAGGUACAGAGGAAGAUCACGUUGCACGGCCACAUCCUCCGAGGGCACCACCGCCUACCUCGUCGGAUAUAGCCAAACCGGCCGUACAUCUGCGCGUGUUCUACCAGGUCGAUGCGAUACCAUCCGUACAAUUUCUUAUCGAUGCCGUCGAGAGUUUUCUGCUAUCACCGGCAAACGUAGCCCGGAUCGCGUACACCAUUAUACCGGCCUGCCAUCUGCAAAACUUUAGCACCUUUAUCUCGAUCUGCGGUCUGCGCCAUCACGAGUAGUAGGCUGAAAUGGGUGCGAAACGGUGUAAAUGUAAGAGCAGACGACAGGCAACAAGCAAAACGGCACUAGUCUAGUUGUAUGUAGUGUAGGAAUAUCCAGACCACAGUAACACAUAACCUAGCGCGGUGCUUAACCAAAAGUUUUGGGAGCGAAUGUUUUUAUUUCCUGAUGUAGGACGACGUAUGUAGAUGAUGGGUUAAAAUGGUACCAUGGUCUAACGGCCUUUCGGUGCAUCCGAAGACAAGAGUGACUAGUAGUGUAACGAAUAGUUGCGUGUGUAUGUGUGCGUAUGUGUGUGCGAGUGUGCGUGUGCGUGUGUGAUCGUAAUUAUAUGUGCUUGAAAGUGAAAUUAGAUAGGUCCUGUAGGGGAGAACGGUGGGUGGAGUUGGAGUCACAUAAAAUGUCCCGCGUACGAUAUUGUUAGUUUAUUGCGAAGAACAAGGAACAAAUUAUGUAUAUGAAACUGUUGAUCACUUAAACCAUUUGAUGGGCGGAAUGUUGACCGUUUUGAUUAUUAUUGGUUUAUUUUUACAAUUGAUUGUCCAUGUAGCCAACAACAAGCAGAGAUAUAAAUAGCAAAACAUUGA